GCGUAGGGGCUGCGUCAGCCGAAGCCCGGAGGCGAUUGGGGGAAGACGCCGCUUUUCCCUUCUUGGCCGAAUUAUAAAGUCGCUGCCGCCGCCUCCCGCAGCCGGACUCGAGGAGCAGCCACGGGGCACGGCGGCUGCUGCAGCCCUACCCUGCCCUGCCCCGCGCCGCCCCCACACCUCCUCCAGCGGGGCCCGAGAACUGCGGGCUAUUGCUCCCCCCCUUCCUUUGACAGCUCCUCCGCUCGCCCGGCCGCUCGCUAUAUAACAGCGGCUCGGAGCAAGAGGCGUCCAGCGGAGCCGGCUCCUCUCCAGCGCGGCGGCAGCGGGCUCCUGGGGCAGCCCGGCUCUCAUGGCUUCGCUCCUAAGACGUUGCUGCUGGCUGCUGGCUCUCAGCACCUGCCUCGCACUGACGGUGCGGGCGGCAUGCAGCCGGGACUGCGCCUCCUGCGCCUAUCGCCUGGGGCACCACGCCGAGAUCAACCCCCUGGCAUGCACACUAGAAUGUGAGGGAAAACUGCCUUCUUCAAAAGCCUGGGAAACCUGCAAGGAGAUUCUACAACUGACUAAACUGGAUCUUUCUGCGGAGGGCAACAGCGCUCCAGUAGACAACAAGAAAGAACAGGAUGAGAACCAUUUUCUAGCAAAGAAGUAUGGUGGCUUCAUGAAAAGGUACGGUGGCUUCAUGAAGAAAAUGGAUGAGCUUUACCAUGUAGAACCAGAGGAGGAAACCACUGGAGGAGAAAUUCUUGCUAAGCGGUAUGGAGGAUUCAUGAAGAAAGACUCAGAUGAUGACACCUUGGCUAAUUCUUCUGAUCUGCUGAAGGAGCUUCUGGGAACAGGAGACAACAAUGAAGCUGGACAUUAUCGAGAAAUAAGUGAGAAUGAUGGGGAGGUCAGCAAAAGAUAUGGCGGCUUCAUGAGAAGCAUAAAGCGCAGUCCAGAACUGGAAGAUGAAGCCAAAGAGUUGCAAAAGAGAUAUGGUGGCUUUAUGAGAAGAGUAGGUAGGCCAGAAUGGUGGCUAGACUACCAGAAACGAUAUGGUGGAUUUCUUAAGCGCUUCACUGAUUCUGUUCUGCCUUCAGAAGAAGAUGGGGAAAGUUAUUCCAAAGAGGUUCCAGAGAUGGAAAAGAGAUAUGGUGGAUUUAUGAGAUUUUAACACCCUCCCCUUUUAUCCCUUUUGUCCCAAAUGAGAGAGACUGCCUCAUUGAUCAUAAUUUAUUGUAAUGUGUUGCUUGUACUGUACAGUUUUUUACUGUCCUAGUUAAUGAUGCAAUCUGCAAUCUGUUGUUUCAGGGUCCGUGUUCUUUUAAAUCAAUAAGUAGGUUCUGUUUUAGUCCAAUUUAAAUCUAUAUUGUAGUUUUCAUGCCAAAAAUAUUUUGGUUACCUUUAUCCCUUUUCUUUAAACAGAACAACACAUCUUCAGUAAAAUUGCUUAACUGUACAUAUAAUAAAUUCUUCAUCUUAACUGCAUAA